UGCAUCCAAUCGUACUCGUGGUGGCAUUGUAAGCCGCCGCGGAGCAUGCCCAUCACGCGUCACGCGCUAGCUAUCGCCCUGCCGCUACGUAUGUUACCGCGUGUUGCGCCAGUCAUGUCGGUGCAGAAUUUGUGCAUGUAGAACAUGUAUGUUAAAUCAUGACACAGAGAAACGGUCCAGGAAUGUUCAAAGUAGAGCCGUACUACGAGUUUAAUCGCAUCCCUGUCGAUCUUCCUUCGUGUAUGUUUAAAAUGGCAAGCUACCACGAGCAAUUAGGGAAAAAACAGGAUCACCACUUAGACCCCAAACUCAUCGAGCUAGAGCGCCGUCAGGAACACAUCCUGCAAGAGUUGAAAGCCCUGGAAAAUGAUGUUGCUACCCUUGCAAGCAAAUUCAAGCCAUCAGUUGAUGUUUCAGUUGUUGGGCAGAAAGGCACAGAUUUGGGAAGCACAAUCCAUGACAUUGUGGUCCAUGCCAACCCAGCACAACCCCCACUGUCGCUGAUGGUGCUGUAUGAGAUGCUGAAACUGCACUUCAGUUGCAGGUCUGAGGUUCACAUCCACUCGUCGGUGAAGUCCCUGCCGGACCAGCUGUUGACCUGUCUUGGGAACGGGGUGGAGCUGGCCCGAGGCGAGGCCCAGAUAUCCCUGACACUUAUCUGGAAAGAUGUCUCCCAUGGUCCAGUUCUGAUGGUUGCAGUGCCCUCACAGUCACCCAUCUAUGGAGAGGCCAACGUUGCCCGCUAUGUGGCCCGCCUCCUCAACCCGAGUUACGACACGAUGGACAUCGUCAGCGCGACCUCCGUGGACAACUGGCUGGAUCUGGCAACCAACAUGUUCCUCAAAGGCAACUCAAAGGAGAAAUCAGCCAGCAUGCGCUCGCUCAACUCCAGACUGGGCAAAUGCGAUUGGCUGGUGGGGUCCUCGGUAUCCAUAGCAGAUGCUGUCUGUUGGAGUGCUGUGCAGAGUGCAGGGCAGGCAGCCAGUGCACCGGCUAAUGUACAGAAAUGGUUGAAGGCAUGCGCCACUCAUGACUUGUUCGAGAUGGCGUCAGGACUCUUAUCAGCAUAACUUGGCUGUCAUGCAUGCAGAACUGAUGCUGAAUUAUGGACUGGAGACUAGACAGUUCCACUGAGUUUCUUUUGCGAAUUUCCGUUAUUGCUCUUGUAGUCCUGGUUUUUUUGGUUGUAAGUUCUUGAGAAUUCACAGUGCUUUGAUGCCGAAUGCUGUGAAGCAGAGAUUUAACCUUGUAUUAGCCUCUACCAGCAUGUGUUUGCCUACUACACGUUACAUUGGUUGCUAAUACCGACUAAUAGAGUAAAUCUGGGGUCAACAUGAUUUCUGGUCCCUGAAGUAACAAAAGACACCUCUUCCUUUAUUCAUUAAGAGUAACAUAGCUCUUACAAUUCAAAACAAUAACCUGUCAAGUGCCUUUUUUUCAUAGAAAUUUGUUUUUCUUGCUUGUUUCUAUAAAUGUGUUUGAGCAAGACAGCCUCAACUGGUGUAUUCACUCAUUAGUUUCUGAACACACAUUGUAACUUGCUUUGUCUUUACUACUUAAUCAGGAGUACACAUUGUUACACAAGGAGUUCUGCAUCAUGUCACAAAUAAAUAUUUCCUCGUUUUUAAUUUUAA